AUGCAUGGUUGUUGCUUCCACUUUCAGGUUGUUGCAAGGUUCAAUGAGAUUGUGACCAGGAAGUUAUUGGAGGGGGCUCUUGAUACUUUCAAAAGAUACUUGGUUAAAGAUCAAGACAUCGACGUUGUAUGGGUACCAGGCAGCUUUGAAAUUCCUCCUGUUGCUCAGAAGCUUGGAAAAUCAGGAAAUUAUCAUGCAGUUCUCUGCAUUGGCGCCGUGGUAAGAGGAGAUACUACACACUAUGACGCUGUUUCCAAUUCAGCUGCAUCUGGAAUACUUUCUGCUGGCUUGAAUUCAGGAGUUCCAUGUGUGUUUGGAGUCUUGACCUGUGAAGACAUGGAUCAGGCUCUGAAUCGAGCAGGGGGUAAAUCUGGGAACAAAGGUGCUGAGGCUGCUUUGACUGCGGGAGUGUCGGCAAUUGUUCUAGGAGACAGCAUAGAAUCACAGCUCUAUCCCCUAACAAAAAGGAGGACAAAAGGGGCAAUUCCCUUUGCUGCAAAUUACAGAUUGAUUGAUGUAGUUUUUAGUAACUGCAUCAAUAGCAAUUUAAGAAGGAUUUAUGUUCUUACUCAGUUCAAUUCAACUUCCCUUAGUUCCCAUGUCUCAAGAGCCUAUUCUACCAUGGCUUCUGUGUUAGGAGAAGAGUAUGUGGAGGUCUUAUCACCAUAUCAGAGUGCCAAAGACUUCCAUAGCUGGUUUCAGGGCAAUGCUGAUGCUGUUAGGCAAUGGCUGUGGGUGCUAGAGGAGCACCCCGUAAAAGAGUUUCUCAUACUUCCAGGCCACCAUCUCUAUCAGAUGGACUACCGUAGACUUCUACAAGCUCACAGGAACAACAAUGCUCACAUCACCAUGGCUACAUCAGCAAAUUCAACCCAGGUGGGAAAUUCAAAACAAAUAAACGGCAAAGGCCAGGGGGAGAGCAUGGGUAUUUAUGUAUUUGAUAAGGAUUUAAUGAGGAAGCUUUUAUUAGACUACUUCCCCAAGGCUAAUGAUUUCUCCAGUGAAGUAAUACCAGGUGCAAUUUCCCUAGGAAUGAAGGUGGAAACUUAUAUGCACGAUGGUUAUUGGGAGGAUAUUGGGAAUAUUGAAGCUUUCUACCAAGCCAACAUGGAAAUAACAAAGAAAACAAGGGCAGGCUCCAUUUUUUGUAAUGGCGAGACACCGGUCUACACCUUGCUCAAAUACCUUCCACCUUCUAGGAUUUCAUGUGCUCAAAUAUCAGACAGUAUCGUAGGUGAUGGAUGCAUACUCAAGGAUUGCAAGAUCCAUGGUUCCAUUAUUGGGAUGCGUUCACGGGUUGAAAAUGGUGCAGUGGUUGAAGACUCGGUGUUAAUGGGGGCGGAUGUAUUCGAAAUCGAUGAUGAGAAGAGAGGAAUAAUGGGAAAACAUGGCAUCCCCAUUGGAAUAGGAAGAGAAAGCCAUGUAAGAAAAGCCAUCGUUGAUAAGAAUGCUAGAAUUGGUAAAAAUGUCAAGAUCAUAAAUGUGGACAAUGUACAGGAGGCAGAUAGGGAAGCCUAUGGAUACUUCAUAUCCGGCGGUAUAAUUGUCAUUAUGAGGGGUGCAGUGAUACCUGACAAAAGCAUUAUCUAACCUCUGCAAGCAAAUGAAUGCCGCUGCCCUCUCUAA